AUGGAGGCGGGGCAGCCCUUGAAGUCAAGUGCUCCUGCUUGGGGCAAGAAGCGCACAAAAAGGUAUUUGGAAACAGUGUGGCCGCGGAGCUAUUGGAACACGGGACCUGUGCGUUUCGAGCCGCGAUGCUACCGGUCAUCAUUGCCACCCAGGACAGGCAAAAGUCGCCGUCCAGCUCGGGUGCGCACUGCAUGGGAGGACGACAUGAUGCCAAAAAGCGAAGCUGGAGCAGUUCCGGCCCAGGUCAGUCCUGCAACGGUGGUGCCUCUGGAGACCGAGUCCCAAAGUGAGUCCGGCAGCUCACAGGAUUCUGGGUUCUUUAGGGUUUAG